AUGCCUACACACUAUAUUGUUGAUCUCACCGUCGACCCUCUCCCACUCGAUACGCAACUUGACGAUUAUUCUUGUUUUUCCAUGCAAAAACCACAAAUAUACUUCACCCUCUCUUACCAACUCUGCCAUCAAACCACCCUCCACGGUACAGAUAUCAUUCUUGAUUCCACUACUUCCGAACCCACUUUUGCCGAUCCUUUUUUCUUGGAUGUUGAUUCGUCCAUGAAUCACCAGGCUAUGUACUGCUUUCUUUCUCCCAGGUUUGCUCGUUUAGGAAUAUGUCCCCCGGAUUCACCAUACUCUAAGUAUUUUGUUCUAGGGGUUAUACACGAAGUUGAUUCCAUGAUUCCAAGAAAAUUCAAGAAUCGCAAUGCCGUCUUUGCCUUCAACAUCAACAUACUGACUCGUUGCGUUCGUAGUUAUGGCGAAGAAGAAGCGAUGGAUUUGGUUAUGAGGCAGUCGCGUUUGGAAUAUGAGUCAAGAGAUUGCGUAAUGGUGCCUACUGCUCCCAAGUCUAGGAGAUUGAAGUGUGUCAAACUUGGGGGUCAUGAUGAUGAUUCUCUUGAUGCUGAUGCAGAAGAGGGUAGACAACGAAAGAGAAGACGCGUCGGAAAAAAGGAAAUUUGUACGGUGUGCUUGGAGGAACUAGAGGAUUUCGCUGCGGGAAUGCCUUGUGGUCACCUGUUCCAUGGGAUUUGCAUCAACAAGUGGUUGGAGAAUAGCCACUACUGUCCAGUCUGCCGCUAUGAGAUGCCUACUGAUCAUUAG